UGUCCGUCUCCAGCUCAUCUGUCUCUGUCCAGCUCAUCUGUCUCUGUCCAUAUGUCCGUCUCCAGCUCAUCUGUCUCUGUCCAUCUGUCCGUCUCCAGCUCAUCUGUCUCUGUCCAGCCGUCUGUCUGACCACUCCUUAGUUAGAGGAGCACCAAGUGUUUACAGAGGUGAAGGGUCAACCACCCUGAACUCAUAUUGACCUUACAUUACAUAGGUUAAAUUACAUGGGUUUAGAGUUCCAAAAGUUGGAAGAUUCCCGGAAUCAGGAGGUAAUUAGAAGGAAAUCUGGAAAUCCUCCAAACAGGAUUUCUGGAAAAGCUGUGACUUUUGUGAAAGUUAUCAGAAAUGUGCAUCACUAGUUACAUGACAGGGCUUCUAUUAACGCAGUUCUCCAUCUGACACACUGUAUAUAUAUUCCUGAUGACAGGAACUACGCUGUUUCUCCAUGUACUCAUUCAGGAACUACGCUGUUUCUCCAUGUACAACACACUCAUUCAGGAACAACUCUGUUUCUCCAUGUACUCAUUCAGGAACAACUCUGUUUCUCCAUGUACAACACACUCAUUCAGGAACUACGCUGUUUCUCCAUGUACAACACACUCAUUCUGGAACAACUCUGUUUCUCCAUGUACUCAUUCUGGAACAACUCUGUUUCUCCAUGUACUCAUUCUGGAACAACGCUGUUUCUCCAUGUACAACACACUCAUUCUGGAACAACUCUGUUUCUCCAUGUACUCAUUCAGGAACUACGCUGUUUCUCCAUGUACAACACACUCAUUCAGGAACAACUCUGUUUCUCCAUGUACUCAUUCUGGAACAACUCUGUUUCUCCAUGUACUCAUUCUGGAACUACGCUGUUUCUCCAUGUACAACACACUCAUUCAGGAACAACUCUGUUUCUCCAUGUACAACACACUCAUUCAGGAACUACGCUGUUUCUCCAUGUACAACACACUCAUUCUGGAACAACUCUGUUUCUCCAUGUACUCAUUCUGGAACAACUCUGUUUCUCCAUGUACUCAUUCUGGAACAACGCUGUUUCUCCAUGUACAACACACUCAUUCUGGAACAACUCUGUUUCUCCAUGUACUCAUUCAGGAACUACGCUGUUUCUCCAUGUACAACACACUCAUUCAGGAACAACUCUGUUUCUCCAUGUACUCAUUCUGGAACAACUCUGUUUCUCCAUGUACUCAUUCUGGAACUACGCUGUUUCUCCAUGUACAACACACUCAUUCAGGAACAACUCUGUUUCUCCAUGUACAACACACUCAUUCUGGAACAACUCUGUUUCUCCAUGUACUCAUUCAGGAACUACGCUGUUUCUCCAUGUACUCAUUCUGGAACUACUCUGUUUCUCCAUGUACAACACACUCAUUCAGGAACUACGCUGUUUCUCCAUGUACUCAUUCAGGAACUACGCUGUUUCUCCAUGUACUCAUUCAGGAACUACGCUGUUUCUCCAUGUACUCAUUCAGGAACAACGCUGUUUCUCCAUGUACUCAUUCAGGAACUACGCUGUUUCUCCAUGUACUCAUUCUGGAACUACUCUGUUUCUCCAUGUACAACACACUCAUUCAGGAACUACGCUGUUUCUCCAUGUACUCAUUCUGGAACUACUCUGUUUCUCCAUGUACAACACACUCAUUCUGGAACAACUCUGUUUCUCCAUGUACAACACACUCAUUCUGGAACUACGCUGUUUCUCCAUGUACAACACACUCAUUCUGGAACAACUCUGUUUCUCCAUGUACAACACACUCAUUCUGGAACAACUCUGUUUCUCCAUGUACAACACACUCAUUCUGGAACAACUCUGUUUCUCCAUGUACUCAUUCUGGAACAACUCUGUUUCUCCAUGUACUCAUUCUGGAACAACUCUGUUUCUCCAUGUACUCAUUCUGGAACAACUCUGUUUCUCCAUGUACCACCCACUCAUUCUAGAACAACUCUGUUUCUCCAUGUACUCAUUCUGGAACAACUCUGUUUCUCCAUGUACUCAUUCUGGAACAACUCUGUUUCUCCAUGUACUCAUUCUGGAACUACUCUGUUUCUCCAUGUACUCAUUCUGGAACAACUCUGUUUCUCCAUGUACUCAUUCUGGAACAACUCUGUUUCUCCAUGUACUCAUUCUGGAACAACUCUGUUUCUCCAUGUUCUCAUUCUGGAACAACUCUGUUUCUCCAUGUACUACCCACUCAUUCUGGAACAACUCUGUUUCUCCAUGUACUCAUUCUGGAACAACUCUGUUUCUCCAUGUACUCAUUCUGGAACAACUCUGUUUCUCCAUGUACUCAUUCUGGAACAACUCUGUUUCUCCAUGUACUCAUUCUGGAACAACUCUGUUUCUCCAUGUACUCAUUCUGGAACAACUCUGUUUCUCCAUGUACUCAUUCUGGAACAACUCUGUUUCUCCAUGUACUCAUUCUGGAACAACUCUGUUUCUCGAUGUACCACCCACUCAUUGUGUAACUGGAGUGUGUCAGUGAGCGUAACAUGAGCCAGAAGAGCCUAGUUGAGGUUAUUCUAUCAUAGCUGCAGUAACACGUCCUUUUGGAGCAAAAUGGAAGGGUUUUACUGCAUGUUAUCUUCCUGCUGGAGCAGAAAGGGGACAUCCCAAAUUACAACCUAUUCCCUAUAUAGUGCACUACUUUAGACCAGAGCUCUAUUCCCUAUAUAGUGCACUACUAUAAACCAGGGCCCUAUUCCCUAUAUAGUACACUACU